GGCUGAACAGGAGAGGGAAAGUGAACGAGGUUUCGUCUCUGCAUCAUUGCGAGGAACUUCUCGUGUUCUCAAGACUAUUUAAGUUCGCGUUUUAGUGGGAAGUGUUUUAAUAUUGCUUUCGACGUGUAUUUAAUUCCGCAAAUGUCCCUGUAUAAAUACAGGGUGACAAUGACACCUGGGUAUAUUCCAGUGAAUUUAUUAAAGAGUAAUGCAUUAAUAUAAAUCCAGUCCUAAAAUGCAAUUUCUUUUAAAAAAUAUUUAGUGUGUUGCAGGUGUAUUGCAAAGUGAAUAGACUGAGACAUUUUGUAUCUGGCAUAUUUGGGAGAUACAAAACAAGCGAAAUCAAGAUAAGUUUAUAGUAACAGAAGCAGAGUAACCAGAGAAGCAGAAAUGUGCAUAAUCAUGUACUUGGAUUCUAAAACAGUUUAGUGACAUUUUUAAAUUAUAAUUUAUUUCCUAAAUUACUGCAAGAAAUUAAGGAAAACCGUACUUAGCCCGAGAUGCUUAUAAUAAUGACGAUUAAGUAUCUAUUGCUGGGCGAACGCCAUCAUGUUGUACGUCACGACGCUCAGGAAAGAUCUGACAAUCGGCAGGAAACAGCUCCGCCAUUUUGGUGUACGGCCACGUAGUUUAAUUUAGCUUUCAUUUAGAAGUGUUCAGGCAAACUCCAUGUGAAUACCAUAAAAUGGUGAUUUCAUGCGCCGCAGUUAACUGCACGAAUCGGCAAGGGAAGGUGGAUAAAACCGAAAUAUCAUUCCAUAGGUUCCCCAUCAACAACGCCCGGCGGCUUGCCAGAUGGAGGAGGGCCGUGAGGCGGGAGGGCUGGGUGCCCAACAAGUACUCGUUCCUGUGCAGCAAGCACUUCAGCCCGGACUGCUUCCAGCAGCGCUACGACGACCAGCACCGGCAGCUCAAGGACACCGCCGUGCCCAGCAUCUUCGACUUCACCCCGCCGGCCAGGGGCGCGUCCGGCAACGUGCGCAAGAAGGUGCUCAGCCCCGCCCCGGGCCCCGCCGAAGAGGAGGAUGAAGAGGAGGAAAAGAUACCCUCCGAGAAGCCCAGGCUGAAGGCGGCCUCCAAGAGCCUGAGGAACAUUUCUCCCCCAGGCAGAGAGUCCCUGAAGGCAGGCCAGGACACGAACAGACCUCCCCGGACCCCGCAGCAGGCUGUGGGGGAGUGGUCCUUGGGCAGCGCGGAGGAAGUCUUCACGCCCUCCUCCUGCACCUUCAUCGACGCCCUGCACUCCUACAGCAGCACCUCCCGCCAGGAGCGUGACACCCGGGCUCGCCAGCGCCGCGGCGGGCAGGGGGGAGGGGCCGGCGGGGCCGGGGCAGCAACGCCCUCCGCGGCCGCCCUGGAUCCGCAGGCCCAGCUGCCCCAGGAGGCCGCUGGCUCUGCCGGGCCCCCCCGCUGCCGGGCCACGCGGUACAGCAUCUCGGCCAGACGGCAGCAGCUGCGCAGGAGUGCCAGGCAGCUGCGCAGGAGAGCCAGGCAGCUGCGCUCGCUGCUGCAACCGAGGAAGACUGGGCUGCUGGAUAAGGCUGGGCCGUCGCUCCCCACAGGUCAGUGUGGGGGAGUGUCCAAUAAUAAUAAUUACUCACACUUAUAUAGCGCUUUUGCUACCCUGAAGGGAGUACCUUCCGCAUUAACCACUGCUAAAAUAAGUUCUUCUGCACAAAGGUCGGGGGAAGACUACAUUACCCAACGGCCACUGGGGGCAAAGGGGCGUUAUCGUUUUGCGGGGGUGAAUUUGACCUCCAGCAGGUUAUUCUGUUUUACCUUGCGAGUCGAACCCGGUUGCGGAAGGCAAUUGAUCGGACGAAGUAUUGUUUUUUUUCUUAAAAGGGCAAUCAAAAUGUCUUGUCCCUUUCACCAUGCAGAAGCUCCCCUGAACCCUGCCGUCCAGCCGCUGGCGUGGCUGCUGGGGACCUGGCAGUCUGACGAGCCGGGGGAGGGCUCGUACCCCUCCAUCCAGCCCUUCCGCUACACGGAGACGCUGCACAUCUCUCACGUGGGGCAGCCCGUGCUGAAUUUCAUGUUCAGUGCCUUUCACGCCGAGACCAAAAGGCCACUGCACAGAGAGUGCGGGUUCAUCAGGCUGCAGGCCGGCACCCAGAGGGUGGCGCUGAUCGUGGCCCAGAACUCAGGUCUGGUGGAGAUUGAGGAAGGGGAGCUGACUGGCCAGCAGCUGACUCUGCAGUCCAAGGAUUUGGCUAGAAUAUCCUUUGCCAAGGAGCCUUACGUCCAGCAGAUUUCCAGGGUGUUUCAGCUGAAGGAGGAUGGCAGGUUAGAGCAAACUGUAUCCAUGGCGACUGGGAGCCAGCCCCUCUCUCAGCACCUGCACAUCACCUACCGCAGAGUGUCCCCUUGAAGGGAUAGACUGGAGCCACGUAGGAAGAACAGCACUACCACAGAGCUCUCUGCAGCUCACAUAAUUAACACGUCAUCCACUGUUAACUGUAUGCAAAACUGAGAAGACACCAGUGUGGUGAUAGGUUUUUUCUCUCUGCUUUUUCAGCUCUUACCUCACCUGCUGGGGACACUGAGAGAACGUCUUGUAGUCAGUUAGUCUGAAUUAAUUUGUGAAAUUGUCUGCCUUUUGUGGGUCUUUGUUUUGGGAUAAGAUAUCUUAGUUUAUUUUUCAGUGUGCUUUCUUUUACUUUCUUAAUAUAUUUUUAUACCAAUGGGAAGCAAAGUUAACCACUCAACAGCAACUGAGCUGUAAUCGUCCACAUGUUUAGAUACUCAGGACAGAAUGUGCACUAAUCAGAAACUAAGUGAACAUGAAAUAUAUUACUUAUUCAAAGUGUACAUAAUACUCUAUGGGGCAAUAAAAUAUAAUUACUAUGCAAACAGUACAAUACAUAUGAUCAAGAGUGCCAGCAAUGUUUUGUAUCUAAUAGGCAACUAAAUUCCAGAUUUAUAACUUUAGAUCUAUCGGGUAUCUAUAGAGGGGAAUGUAAUAGUUUUGUGCUAAUGGAAGUGUAUUAUUGUAUAAAAUGAACUGAAGUCAGGUUUGUGGUUUUGUGGUAAACUGGAGGAAAGAAUUUGCCUUCAGUGAUGAGUGACUCUGAUUCCAAUUAGUUUAUUACUUUUGCCUUAAAGAAACUGACAAUUCCAGAAUAGGUAACAGCGGGAGUAUUUCUGUAAUGUAAUGUCUUAACACCUGUUAACGAACUGUGUUCUGUAAUCAUGAAUAAGAAAGCUCCUUUCUAAAUUUCUCAAGAUCUUCUGCAGCAUCAAAAUCUCUUUGAAGGAGUCAUAGGUCAACUGUUUGCACUUUGUGAAUAGUUACAUGUUUGUAAAAUAUGCUACGUAAUGAAGUGUUUCCACAUUUAUAUCAAUUGCUAUGAUUGAUGCUGUCAGAAUAACCGAGUUUCAGAAGGCUGCUUCUGAUGCAGUGGCACUUAAGUUCAAGCAAGAUGGCAGUGAAAAUUGUUUAAUCACCCCAUGACUGAGUAAUAUCAAUUACCACAGCUGUGUAAAACUCUGUCAUUAAUAAAACUGUUAGAAGACACCA